GAUGAGCCAGUAAUGUAAUGAGAGAGAAAAAAUUAUGAUAAGAAAGAGAAAAAUAGACUGAAAAAGAAAGAGAAACAGACAAAUUGUAAAGAAGAAAAAAGGAUGAAAAUUCUGUCAAGAAAACGAAUCAACCAUCAGAAUCUAUUAGAUAUAAUAGAAUUCAACACUCUUUCUGUCUGAAUUAUCUUUUGUUUUACGAUUUUCUUCAAUGCAAUCGAAUAUAAUAUUUGAAAGAUUUCAAAAUAAUGUGACACAAAGAAAAUGAUGUGAUGAAAAUCAAUCAACUUCUCAUGAUGCAAUUAUCGUUUCAACGUAUUAAUAUGAUUCCUCUUUCAUGUUCCUAAUAAAAUCAUCUUGUUAUUCAUAUAAAAUCUCAAGUGUUUACAUCAUAACAAUUCCCAUCAACUUGUGCAAAUAGCAAGAAAAAUAAUGUCAACAAUUACCAAUUACCAAUUAAUUAGUUUAAUCGUUACCUAAUUAUCUCAUCAAUUCAAUUGAUAUUAAUUCAUUAGUAGAUUAAAUCAACUAACAAUACAAGAAAUAAUAGAUAAUUUUAUGAAUAUUACAGACAUUUACUAUUAAUCUAAAAUCUAUUUCAACUUAAUUUACAAUCAUCAUCGUUUAUAAUAAUCUCUUGAUUGAUUUUCUAUGAAUUCUGUUUCUUAAUAAGUUCAUACACAUAAUUUCAUUUGGAAAUUGAUUUAUCUCAACUAUUGAUAGAUCAAUCAAUAAAUCAAAUCCAUCGACGAUCGUUACUUGAUAGCUCAAUUUAAUUGCUUAUCGAGAGGCUAAUCUGUCUUAAUAAAGACAGGCUGGUCAAAUGAUGGACUCAUUCAAAGAGGAGUUAACUGUAGCUACAGUCGAACCAAAGAAUUGGAAGGGAAUUUUCAUCGCUCUUCUAGUCAUCGCGAGCAUUUGCACAGUAAUUACUGGAGCAAUUCUAAUACUUAAUCCACAAGCUGUGGUUGGAAAAGAGCGGAUUCGUCUUGAUGAAGUGUUUUCCCAUCGUUUUAAGGCGCGAAUUCAAAAUAUAACUUGGCUUUCAAAUCGAGAAAUUGUCUAUGAAGAUGCUGAUGGAAGUUUAAUGAAACAUGACAUCUCCUCCAAAUGGAAUACAAUUUUAGCAUCAAAUGCGACGAUAGGUAAACUGAGAAUCGAUCGAUUCAGUGUAUCAAAUGAUGGAAGAUACAUUCUUCUGGUUCAUGAUGUGAAAAAAAGUACGAACUACGCUUAUAAAGCUCGUUACAAAGUUUACGAUACCAAAAACAGCUACAUGAUCUCAAUCACCGCACCAGGAUUAGAUAACGACUAUCAGAUUGAUUAUAUUGAGUGGGGACCAAUUGGAAGUCAAUUGAUCAUCGUCAUUUCCAAAGAUAUAAUAUUGUUUCCAAAGUUCAAUUCCAAGCCAAUUUUUAUAACCAAUUCUGGCGCUAAUGGUAACAUUUACAAUGGAGUUCCUGACAUCUUGUAUCAAGAAUUCAUCUUUCGUGAUAACAAAGCACUUUGGUGGAGUGAAGAUGGAACGAAAUUUUGUUUUCUAUCAUUUGAUAAUACAGCAGUUGACCGAAUGCCUAUUCUGUUUUAUGGGCCACCUUAUAACUUAACCGAAACAUUAACUGUAACUGAUCCAUUAAGUUACCCGAAAAUCGUCAACAUCCCUUAUCCAAAACCCGGACGAAACAAUCCAAUUGUGAAUGUGAGAAUAACCAUUUUACAUGGAGACUCAGUUGAAAUCAAGAACAUUCGAGCUCCUGAUAAAUUCAUAGGAACGCAAUAUUAUAUUAAAACUGUUUCCUGGAUUGGGACUGAUAAGAUUUCGGUUGUUUGGUCUGAACGAACUCAGAACUACUCAAUCGUUACACUGUGUGAUGAAAAUUCAAACUGGCAGUGUAAUAUGCUACAUGAGGAAUAUUUAAAUGCUCCAAAUGGAUGGCUUGAUAUAAAAUCUUCACCUUUGUUCACUAGUAAUUUAGAAUAUUAUUUCAUGAUAUUACCUGUUGCUGAUGGAGCUUCAGGUACAUUCGAUCACAUUGUAAUGUUCACACGAAAUGGUAAUAAACGUUAUCAUCUUACACAUGGACAAUUCAUUGUCACCAAGUUAUAUACUCAUCGAGCUGAUAUACAUACACUAUUUUAUCAAGCAACAAUCGAAACGAAUCCUUCCAUUCGCCAUAUAUUCUCGAUAACUGAUACCGAACAUGAUAAUCCUCGAGUGAUAAAUUGUCUUUCCUGUAAUCUUGGUCCUUCCUGUACACACAACGAAGCCAAAUUCUCAUCGGAUUCUGAAUAUUAUAUCCUUGAAUGUCUUGGUCCAGGAGUUCCAAGGACUGAGCUUCGUUUCGUGUCAACAAAUGAGCUUACAGAGGUUCUAGACACGUUCCCAUGGUUCCAGGAAUAUCUUGAUUCGAGAGCGAUUCCAAUCAUAAGAUAUUAUACAAUCUCGUUAGAGGAAAAUAUUUCAGGUCGAGUGAAGUUACUCCUUCCACCAGGACUGGAUGAAAACGAUAGCAUUAAAUAUCCAAUGAUUAUCAAAUUAAAUAAUGAACCAGAAGGCCAAUCGAUAUCGAACAUCAAUCAACUAUCCUGGGAUCAUUAUCUGGCUGGAACACGAGCUUAUAUUGUAGCAUUUAUUGAUAUUCGAGGAUCGGGUUAUCAAGGAAACGCUUUUAAACAUUCAAUUCAGCAUAAAAUGGGAGUAAUUGACUCGAACGAUUUGGUUAAGGUGAUCAGAUCUUUAAAAGAGCGAUUUAACUAUGUGGAAGAAGAUAAAAUCGCUUUGGUGGGCUCAGAGAUCGGCGGUUAUUUGGUGACAUCGUUAAUGAUUCAAGAUUCCGCUUUCAAUUGUGGAAUCGCAAUUUCCCCAGUCACCAGUUGGAGCAAUUAUGCCUCUUUUUUCAUGGAGAAAACAAUGGGACUCCCAUGGCCACAAGAUAAUUUCAUGAACUACGAUCGUUCCGAUUUAUUCAGAAGAGUUUCCGGUUUAAAGGAUAAGGCAUUGAUGGUCAUCCAUGGAACUGCUGAUAGCAAAGUGAAUAUUCAACACUCGAUGCUACUCAUUAAAGCUCUAACCGAUAGCGAUGUUCCGGUUCGCGUUCAGUUGUACCCUGAUGCUGAACAUGCUCUGCAUGAUGAACAGAUUCACCUUUAUAAAACGCUCGAAGAUUUUUUCGCAAAGUGUUUCCAAACAGUGAACAAUUUAAACGACGCAGAAAUGGAAUUGACAAUUACGAAAGUUUUCAAAGGAGGGAAAAAAAUAAUUACCGGUGAAGAAUAAUUAAUGUUCAAUGUUCAAUUUUAGACAUAAUAUUAUACAGAUAAAUUGUGUAUCCACUUAAUCCAAUUUUGUAUUAAAUCAUUUGAAACAAAUCA